AUGGCUAACCCAAUGAAGAUAAAGUUAAAAAAUAUUAGAAUGAGUGUUGCCAGUAAGAUCCAUGGUUCUCUUUCAGUUUCAUAUGUUGAAAAUGUUCGUAGUGCUUUGAUUGAGCUAUUCAACGAGUAUGAUGAGUGCUUAUUUCAUUCUAAAGCAGAAUCAAUUCCAUGUUUUUGUGGUUCCUCAAGUGAGGUACAUUUUCCCGAUGAUGAGUUGUGUGGAUUUGAUUCUUGGUAUGAGACGAAGAAAUCUAAUGUAGUAGCUACAAGCAAAACUGAGUUGGAGCUUUAUUUAAUAGAACCUUUGUUUCAAAGAAGCGACUCUUUUAAUAUCCUAGAUCGGUGGAAAGCUAAUAGUGCCAAACAUCCAACUCUAGCAAAGAUUGCACGUGACAUAUUGGUUGUUCCAGCAACUAGUGUUGCAUAUGAGGCAUCAUUUAAUAAUGGAGGAAGAAUAAUUAAUGAAUGUGGUUCUUUCUUAACCCUUAAAACCGUAGAAGCGUUGGUGACUACACAAGAUUGA